GGAUAUCCUGUUGCAUAUGGAUAAAGUGCUAAAACAUAAAAGGAAGCCUUCCUCAUUUUGCAACGCACAUAUAAUUUUCAUCUUUUGUAUCUAGCUAUUGAAAGAGUUAAAAGCGAGUCAAGUGUCGUUUUAUUACAUUAACCGAUAGGCAAACCGAAAUGUGGGGUUUAGUGGUACUCUCUCUGCUGAUUGCCUCUUCAGGAGCUCAAGACAAUGCCUGUUCCAGGGAGUAUUCCAGAUCGUGCGAGCAAGAGAUGAUGGGCUUUCCAGAUAAUGAAGAGCAACUAGAGGCGUAUUGUCCAGACGCAUUGAAAUUCUUCGAAUGUCAAAAAGCAUAUCAAGUUGGAUGUAAUAAAGAUACUAAAGAAGUGACCGCUAUACUUGAAGUAAUUGGAGAACUUUGCCAAAAGGAUUCCGAUCUUCAUAAAGCUGUUGCGAGCCACCUGAAAUGUAUAAAAGACAGCUUCUACCAGACAAGUUGUGGAAAUACUGGGUAUUUGGAGACCGUUAAUGCUUACAGUAAUUACGAAGGUGAGGGAACAGCAGAUGACAUAGGGAGCAAAACCUUCUGUAUGGUCGAAGCUUAUGCAGUCGCUUGUGUUGGAGAGGUGAUAUCCAGCAAUUGUGGAAAUGCUGUCAAAGAAGCUAUCCUGGAUAUGGUGCGACGAACCGAUUACAUCGGGUCGAAGAUGACAUGCACGGACAAUAUUCGAGAGGGCAUUAUUCAAGAUCUGCCACAGCUACAGAUCAAUGAAGUGUAUAAGAAUACAAUCCGGCAACUGAUGUUGAAAACGUAGAAGAUCAACUUGAUGUAAAUGCAUGUCGAACAGAUUUGCAAUCAAUGUGGACCUUAAUUUCAAUGUUUUUGCAGUACAAUCAUGUAAUCUGGAUUGGAUAUUACAAUAAAAUGUCCUCAAGGAAGCAAAAAAGCCAAA